AGGCCCCCGCGCGUAGGGGACCCGGAGCCUGGGAGCGGUGGGUGCUUAGCAACGGGGGGAGGUGCCCGGUAACAGAGUGGGGGGGACACAGGAGGAAUUGAGGGUGCCUAGCAACAGAGGGGAAGGCGGUGCCUAGCAACGAGGGGGCUCAGAGAAGUGAAGAGGUAGCCCUGGAGGAUCUGUGGGUGUCUAGCAACGGGGGAGGCGUGGGACAGGGGGAAAGUGGGCUUUGGAGGCACGCGGGAAGAGCUGUGGGUUUCUAGCAACGGGAGAGGGAACCAGGAGAAACUGGGGGCCUGUUAACGGGGGAGGAAGUCUGGUGGGUGGGAGUCUUGAGUUUAGGGUGGACACGGAGGAAUGUGAGGGCUUGGCAAAGACGAGGGCAAAGCAGGGAGGGCAGUCCCACAAGUCCUACCCGAAUAAUCCCUCUUCUCCCCCAGGCGAUGUGGCUGGAGGUGGGGGGCCUCCUGCGGGGGACCUGUGGACCGCUGGGCCGGACUGUUGGUCUGCCUUGUGGGGUCCUGAGGCCUGGGCCCCACUGGUGGGGGCCGUGUGGGGUUUCUUGGGCCCAAAAGCUUUAUCAGGAUGGGCCUGGCAGAGGUCUGUGUGAGGAGGACAUUCGCCGGGCACGGGAGGCCCGGAUCAGGAAGACACCCCGGCCCCAGCUGAGUGACCGCUCUCGAGAACGCAAGGUGCCCGCCUCCCGCAUCAGCCGCUUGGCCAACUUUGGGGGACUGGCUGUGGGCUUGGGGCUGGGAGCACUGGCUGAGGUGGCCAAGAAGUCUCUGCCAGGAGGACAUCGACAGUCAGGCAGCUCCCGGCCAGGCUCCAGCCCUUUCCUGUCGGAGGCCAAUGCCGAGCGGAUUGUGCAGACCUUGUGUACAGUUCGAGGGGCCGCCCUCAAGGUUGGCCAAAUGCUCAGCAUCCAGGACAACAGCUUCAUCAGCCCCCAGCUGCAGCGCAUCUUUGAGCGGGUCCGCCAGAGUGCCGACUUCAUGCCCCGCUGGCAGAUGCUGAGAGUUCUCGAGGAAGAGCUCGGCAGGGACUGGCAGGCCAAGGUGGCCUCCUUGGAGGAGGUGCCCUUUGCUGCUGCCUCAAUCGGGCAGGUGCACCAGGGCCUGCUGAGGGACGGCACAGAGGUGGCCGUGAAGAUCCAGUAUCCAGGCGUGGCCCAGAGCAUCCAGAGCGACGUGCAGAACCUGCUGGCGGUGCUUAAGCUGAGCGUGGCCCUGCCGGAGGGCCUGUUUGCCGAGCAGAGCCUGCAGGCCCUGCAGCAGGAGCUCGCUUGGGAGUGUGACUACCGUCGGGAGGCAGCUUGUGCCCAGAACUUCAGGCAGCUGUUGGCAGAUGACCCCUUCUUCCGGGUGCCAGCUGUGAUUAAGGAGUUAUGCACAACGCGGGUGCUGGGCAUGGAGCUGGCCGGAGGGGUGCCCCUGGACCAGUGCCAGGGCCUGAGCCAGGACAUUCGGAACCAGAUUUGCUUCCAGCUCCUGAGGCUGUGUCUGCGGGAGCUGUUUGAGUUCCGAUUCAUGCAGACGGACCCCAACUGGGCCAACUUCCUGUACGAUGCCUCCAGCCACCAGGUGACCCUGCUGGACUUCGGUGCAAGCCGGGAAUUUGGAACUGAAUUCACAGAUCAUUACAUCGAGGUGGUGAUGGCGGCAGCCAACGGAGACAGAGACCGGGUCCUGCAGAAAUCCCGGGAUCUCAAAUUCCUCACAGGCUUCGAAACCAAGGCAUUCUCAGAUGCCCACGUGGAGGCGGUGAUGAUUCUGGGGGAGCCCUUCGCCACCCAGGGCCCCUACGACUUUGGGGCAGGUGACACUGCCCGCCGUGUGCAGGGUCUCAUCCCCGUGCUGCUGCAGCACCGGCUGCGCCCCCCACCUGAGGAGACCUAUGCCCUGCACCGCAAGCUGGCAGGGGCUUUCCUGGCCUGCGCCCGCCUCCGUGCCCACAUCGCCUGCCGGGACCUCUUCCAGGACACCUACCACCGCUACUGGGCCAGUCGCCAGGCAUAGCCAUUGCCCGCAGCCUCCUGACCAGAGGAACGUCUGGUCAGACCCCCUCAGAGAGACUCCAUCCUGGGAUUCUGGCCCCCCAGCAGGCCAUCCCCUGCUCUGAAUGCCUCCUUCUCACUCUGCUCCAGGUCUGGGGACCCUCCCCCUUGGACAGCCCGGUCUUGCCUAGCCUAGCUCCCUUCCCUGGGGGCUGAUGAGCCCUGGGGCUAGGGAACUCCCCUUCAUGGCCCCAUAUUGUCUGCACCCAGGAACUCUACGCCAGAGAUUAAUUUAUUUCUGCCAACAUUUGAGAGAGCCUUAGGCCCCUGGCAGCCAUCGUGGAAAUCCAGACUCAUUUAGAGGGGGCUCCCCUCCCCUCUGCCUCA